UGCUCCUUGUUUCAAUAAUUUCUUACUGGACAACAACUUGACUUUCUCCUCGUUUUCCUAUUGGUCAGACCUGGUCAGCUGACAGGCGCCGACAGAUCACGUGACUACUUGGAGUCAGCUGCCGUUUUGCGUGACAGGAAGAAACGUCCAAUCUUCCGUGACCGUCGAUGUACUCGCUGUUCAGCGGCGUUGAAUUGAUUCUCUUUUCUCCCCAGACAUGUCUCCAAAGUGAGGCCCCUGAACGCACCAGAUGCUGGAGGCGGCUCAGCGGCCGGAGAGCAGCUCAAUAGAGGUGUGCGUGAUCCCGGAGAACCGGCACUGUGGCGGCGUGACGGACAUCUGGAGAGCCGAGCUGGCUCCCGGAGGCUCCCUGCUCGGAUGUCUGGGGGUCCGGGGCCGCCUGGUGGUCUGGAACCCGGCGGACAGAGAGGCUCCUCCGGCCGAAGUGGACGGGUGUUACGCAGACUUCUCCUGGGAGGAGGAGCAGGGGGGAGGAGCCAGCAGUAGCUCCUCCCUGCUGGCUGUUGGAGCUCAGGGUGACGUGACGCUGCUGCAGGUGGAGGCGGAGCCAUCGUCCUCCAUCACCGUCCUCCGGGUCUCCGGGUGUCCUGCAGGCCGCCUGCUGCAGACCGUCAGACAGCAGGACCCCGAUGUGUGUGAGCUGCAGUCCGUGUGCGUGUUGUCGUUUGCCGCCGGCCGCAGCUGCGUGCUGCUGAACCGUGAUUGGCUGCUGCAGCUGCAGUGGAGGCAGGCGGAGGAGGAGCCGCAGACGAAGGAGGAGCCGCAGACGAAGGAGGAGCCGCAGACGGCGUCCUGCUGCAACAUCCGUCUGACUGACGACGGCGGACGCUACGCCGUCCACCACUGCGUCUGCAGAGACUUCCUGUUUGUCCUCAGCGCCGCCGGACUCAUAUCUGUGUAUCAUGUGACCGAUGGCAGUCUGCUGGCCAGCAUCGACCUCCCGGCUUACCUGACGUCUCUCCAGGCCGAGGACGACCUUGUCUCCUCCUCCUUCUCCUCCUGCUUCUCCUCCUCCAGCUCCUCCUUCUGCCUCCUCCAGGUGUCCACUGACCUCAGCACAGCCGUGGCCGUCACUCAGUCUCACGCCGCCGUCGCCGUCGACCUCGACCGCUACUUCAGAUUGUAUCCAGACCACCUGCUGUGUGCUGCCGCCCCCCAACGGCCCCCCAUCCGGCCCCAGACCCCCACAGACCAGGACGGCCUGCCCAGCUCCGUCUGCAGCCUCGCCGCCCUCGGGGCGCCCUUCAGCGCCGACCGCUCCUGGGAAGCUCGUCUGGCCUCCAUGUACAGCCGAGCUCAGAAGUCUGCAGCUCCCUCCUCCUCCUGGUCCUCCUCCUGGUCCUCCUCCUGGUCCUCCUCCUGGUCCUGGUCCUCCUCGCUCAACCCCCCAAGGCCCCACAGAGCGUCGUCCUCAGCCCACAGCAGGGUGCCUUGCGGCGGGGCGACCGCGGCCUUCUCCGCCCCCGAGCGGUCCGCUCCGUCUCUGCUCACCGUGUCCGAGUUCUCCGCCCAGCUGACCUUCGCCUCCCCCGGGAACCGCCGGACCACCGUGGCAUUGUGGGACUUUGAGUCCGGAAGAGUGAGCCACCACGAGGCGGAGGGCGAGGCGGCUCCGGUCCAGCACUGCAGAGAGAGGCAGCACCGACUGCUGCUGAAGGAGUCUGGAGUCUUCCAGGUCCUGUUCUCGGUGUCCCAGCAGGAUUUGCUCAGCAGGUUGAUGUUGUUCGGCAGCGCAGCGACAGUGGACGCAGUCUGUCACCUGAACAGCUGGGGGCGCUGCUCCAUCCCCGUCCACGCCCUGCAGGCGGGCCUGAAGAACCGUCAGCUGGACACGGUGGACUUCUACCUGAAGAGUAAAGAAAACCUUCUGGUCCCUGAUGCCGACCAGCCGGCGGCCUCCACGCGGAGCCUCAGCGCUCGUUUCCAGGAGUUGUGUCCUGCGUUGGACCUCCUCUGUUCGGCCGUCAGAGACUCAAACAGUGAAGCUCAGAGCCGUCAGUUCUCUGAGCAGCUGCUCAACGUCACCAUGACCUUCGUCAACACACAGAUCCGCUCAGUCCUGUCCAACACACAGCUCGAGGACGAGGGCGUGCGCGACUGUGUGGACGCUCUGGACCGCUACGUCACCGAGCUAAGGAGCUACAUGAAGAAGUUCCCCUGGACCGCAGGAGGCGACGCCACCGACUCUGCUGACCGCACUCAGGAGGAGGAGAAAGAGGGGGAGGAGGAGGAGAAGAGAGACGAGUGGGAGCAGCUGCCGACAGAGGAAGUGGUCUGCCAGUCCGUCCUGACCAAUCAGAUUCUAAGAGCUCAGGCCGUCCUGAGGAGGCGGAGCCGGCCGGAGCAGCGCCUGUCGGCUCUGAGGAUGGAGGGUCUGCGUCAGGUGUUCUGCUGCCUGCAGCACCGAGACCUGCAGACCGCCAACGCGCUGCUCAUCAACAUGGGUUUCAGCGUGAAGAAGCAGCUCCACAGCGUCUGCCUCUACACCGACGACAAGGACCUUCGGGAGUUUGUGGUGGAGGAGCUGUCGGGGCGGAGUCAUUUUCCGGAGGAGGAGGUGCAGAGUGUGGCGUUCAUCGGCCAGAUGGAGAGGUUGGGGUCCCUGCCUGCAGCCCGGCGCCACGCAGACGCCACGCCCCACAGGCCGGUCCAGGUCCAGAUGGUCCGCCGGUGGGGGGGUGGAGGCGAUGAUCUUCUGGAGGAGCUGGUGGGACAGAGGAGGUCUGCGGUGGAGGAGGAGGAGCAGAAAGCCGGGCUCUGGAGGAACCUCAGGCUGGACUGGGUGAGGAACUGGGACCCGAGCUGCCAGACCGCCGUGCUCCUGUCCAGACUGCAUCACACAGAGGUGACGUCCUGCGACCCGGCCGUGUUGUGGCGUUAUCUCACCGCUCUGCACGACCAGCGCCGGGUGGUGGACUGGAUCCAGAACCAGCAGACCCCCGGGGGCUCCCGGUGGCCCGAGCUGACCCCAGAGCUGGUGGACGACAACACGGCCUGCAGCGCCUACAUGAGGGAGGAGAUCCUGGACCUGCUGGCCAGGAGAGGCCUGUUCGUCCCGGAGGAGCUGGCGGACCUGGAGCAGCUGCUGUGGAGGCUGGCUCAGGGUGGGGGGGUGAUGGCCCUGCCCCCCCCCGUCCCUCGGUACCGCUCCCCCCUCGGCCUCGACCUCCACGGCCUCUUCAUCUCCUUCUGUGUGGACCGCGGCUUCCAGUACCUGCUGUACACCUACCUGGAGCACCACAGGUUGACGCCCAGGAACUGUCCCCUGUUGACCAAUCAGAGCCUGUCUGAGAGCCAGCCCUGGUUUGAGAUGCUGGUGAAGAUCCAGGAGAUCACCAGAGAUCUGUCAGAUCCAGGUCUGGUCUUCCAGGCCAGUUUAACCAGUGCUCAAGUGCUGUUGCCAGGCAGCCAGGCGUCUCUAAGCAGUCUGCUGUUGGAGGGACACAGUCUCUUGGCCCUGGCGGCCAUCAUGUUCGCGCCCGGAGGGAUCAACCAGGUGGUGGUUCAGGGUGAAAGGUCGGGCAGGUCCGAGAGGACGGUGGACCCCCAGCUCCUGAAGAUGGCGCUGGCCCCCCACCCGAAACUGAGGGCUGCCCUGUUCCCCUCUGGGCCCCGAGGAACCGGCUCGUCCUCUGACGUCUCCGUCUACCACCUGCUGCAGUCGCUCCACCCGCUGGACCCCACCAGGCUGUUCGGCUGGCAGUCGGCAAACACCCUCAACUCCACCGAGACAUCAGAGCUGCCUCAUUUCUCCAGCCCUCAUCUGGUCGGCAGGUUCGCUCUCGUGGAGAACCUGGACUUCCUGUACUACCUCCGUCAUGGCCGACCGUCCUUUGCGUUCGCCACCUUCCUGGUCCAGCAGCUGAGCGUCUGCAGUGACGUCCCGCUGCUGCUGCAACAGGUCUGGCAGCAGACGUACAGUUUGGCCCUCCAGAGUUUUAAUGUUGUGUCUGUGACGUCAGCGGCCGUCUGUUUCUGUGAGCUUCUGGGGAUCUGUAGCCUCAAACUGAGGGUCGACGUCAGAGCCUCGAACGCCAUCAUGCAGCACUGGAGCCAGGACAACACACAGCUACUACACACUCUGGUGUCUAAAGCUGUAAAGCUGGCAGAGGCGGAGCCUGGAGCAGCAGAAGACCUGAUUGGCUACCUGGAAGCUGCAGUGACGGACAGCCUGGAGCAAAAGGGCAUCAGCAGGUCGUCCUACGAGGCGGCUCAGGAGUGGGCGUUGCCUGUUCAUUUCUGUCAGCUCCACCGUCUGAAGCUCAGCUCUGUUUAUCCCGCCCACUGCACUGAUGACGGACAGUUCAUCCACUUCCUGUUGUUCGUCCAGCUGCACAGCUUCCCGCCCCAGCAGGUGAGGUCACUGGCAGCUCAGUUUGGUCCCACCCUGCGGGCCCACCUGAGUCUGGCGUUUCAGGACCUGCAGGUGAGCAGUCAGAGGAGGUGGCCCCACGGCUCCGAGGAGCAGCCCGUGUCCCUGAACGCGUCGGAGGCCCCUGGGAGCUCGGAGCACCCCAGGGAGCUGUUCCAGGUCCUCCUGCAGAGCCAGGAGGAGGCGGCGCCCUGCAGGUACCUGCUGCAGGAGGCGCUGGUCCAACGCUGCCCAACGUUGGCUGUAAUGGCCGCCUGUCAACAGGGGGCGGAGCUUCUGCCCGGCCUCUGCGUGUGGUUGUUGACUUCCGUUGAUGACGGCGCAUCGGGGGAAGCCACCGCCCACCUGGCCGAAGCCCCCCAGCACCACGAGUGGACACUGCACGACCUGUCAAUCAUCUGGAGGACACUGCUUGGGCGGGGCCACGUCAGGCCCCUCCUACGAGGCUUCGAGCUCUUCCAGCGGGACUGUCCUCUGGUUCUGGUGUUGAGGAUGUUUGAGUUGUGUUGCGACUACAGGAACUUCUCUGAGGCCAAAGAGAAGCUGUUGGACUUCCAGAGGACGCUCAUCACCAUGAGGAACGGAGGCCCGGUGCCCCCCGGUGGCCUCCCCCUGCAGUGGGUGGAGAGCCAGGCCUCCGUGCUGCUCCUCACGAUGCUGCAGCGCUGCUCCUCCCAGUACGACCUCCACCGGCUGCUGCAGCUGCUGGCCGACGUGGACAAGCUCCUCAAGUCCAACGGUCCAGACUUCAGGAAGCUGAGUCAGCUCAGCCAGUUGCUGCAGGGGUCAGAGGUCAGCCUGUCCCCCAGGCUGCUGCAGUGCAGUUCGCCCUCCGUCCAGCAGGAGGAGUUCCAGGCCGCGGUGGACGCUCUGCAGGCCAGGGGGCGCUACAGCCAGGCCAGGCAGGUCGCCCUGCUGGCCGGCCUGCCCGUCCACCGCCUGCUGCUCAGCCAGCUUCUCCAGGAAGUAAACUCCCAGAGGUCCAAGCGCCAGUGGAGGAGGUUGGAGACCCGAGUCGGCUUGUGGAGGAGAUGUCACGAGCAGCUGAAGGCCGAAAGCGCUGAUCCGGAUUCGGCCUCCCGGUUCUUCCUGUCGCAGGCCGAGACGGCGACCGCCGACUCGCUGGAGGCUGCGACCGAGCUGCUGGAGGUCCAGGAGCGCUGCCUGCUGCUCUGCCUCGCCGCUCACUGGCUCUCCCAGCUCGGCCCGGCUCCCACCGGCCAGCUGGAGCACCUGGAGGAGAAGCUGUGGACCGGCCGGGUGCGACGGCACGUCCUCGCCGCUGCCAUGGAGAAGGAGAGCGUCUUCAAACUGCCGCCACCCGCCUUCACGCCGGAAAUGAACCCGUACGAAGCGCUCAUGAAGGAGUUCUCCUUCUCCAACAUAUCGGGCCUGAACACCGAGAGCUGUCUCCGUUUGGAGGGGCUCCCCGGUCCCGGCUUGGACCGGGAGGAGCCGAGCACCGACUCGCCGCUGAGCCCGGAGGAGAGGAGCGCUCUGGCUGCUCUCAUUGGUCAGUUAUUAGAAGAAGGCAGUAUCCACGAAGCCAGCCGGGUCUGCCGUUACUUCUCCCUGUACCACCGGGACAUGUGGGUGGUGCUGCGCUGCAGAGGUCUGGCCUCUGGAGACCUGAACCUUGAACCACAAGAGGAGGCGGCGGAAGUUCUACCAAAGAAGAGCAUGACCAGCUCUCCCUCGAUGAGCAGCCUGUUGUCCUUCGUGAUGCUCCCCCUCCCCGAAGACCAGGUCGCCGGCCAACUCCAGAAACUGGUGGAUCAGUGUCGGCACGGCAAAAACUACUGCAAGCAAGUCCUGGGCCUGUACCAGCUCUCCAAGGAGCUGCAGUGCUCCUUCCGCCAGAUGUGCCGGGAGGAGCCUCGCUCGGUGCUGGAGAAGCUGCUGCUGUCGGAGCAGCCGGAGCGCUUCAGGAAAGCUCGGGCCUUCGUCAGAGCGCAGCGUCUCACCGCGGACGCCGUGGCCGAGCUGGUGUCCUCGGCCGUGGUCCGGGCGCUGCUGGCCUGCUCCGCCCACGAGCUGCAGCCCGCAGAGAGGCAGGUGUUCCGGCCGUCUGAGGGUCGGGACUCACUGGUCCAACUCGUCAAACUGUGUGACGAUCCGAACCUGGUGGGAGUCAAACUGCUGGAGAACCUCAACGCUGUUCCCCUGAGAGACCUGAGCUGCAUCGUGGAGCUGCUGGUCGUGGCUCACGACUGCUUCAGCCUCACCUGUAACAUGGAGGGCAUCGUCAGAGUGCUGCAGGCCGCACGACACCUCAGCCACGCCUACCUGGCCCCGGGAGAGCACUACAGCCUGCUGGUGCGUCUGCUGACGGGCAUCGGCAGGUACAAUGAGAUGACGUACGUCUUCGACCUGCUGCAUCAGAACCAUCGAUUUGAGAUGCUGCUGAGGAAGAAGAUGGACAUAGACAGAGGACAGACCUCCAGCCUGAAGACCGCCCUGCUGGACUACAUCAAGCGCUGCCUCCCUGCUGACAGUGAGAAGCACAACAUGGUGGCGCUGUGCUUCAGCAUGAGGAGGGAGAUCGGAGAGAACCACGAGAUGGCAGCGCGCACGCAGCUGAAGAUCAUCGAGAGCCAGGCCUGGGUGGUCACUCCUGAUCUGAAGAGCUCGCUGGUCAAAGCGUUGGGUCUGCUGAGAGACGCUGCAGAGAGCUUCUCCAAGGACUCAUGUGUGCGUCAGGCCAGCCGCUGCGUCCGAUUGGCUAAGCUCGUCUGUCUCCAGCUCCACUUCCUGAACUCGGGCUCUGAGCUGCGCGUCGUCCACCUGAAGGACGCCGAGCUGCUGGAGGCCGCCACGGCGUUACCACGGUGCUACCAGGUGUUCGUGGUGGCGGAGGCGUACGGCUACAGUCCGGACUGGGCCCAGAUCCUGUACCAGAAGGUGGUCCUGAACGGAGACUUCGUUUACCUGGAGGAGCUGAAGCGCCACCGCCCGCUGACCUCGGGCCUGUUUGAGGACAUUUUCCACAAGCUGGACGGCGGCGCUCCCGGCAACGUCGCUGCCAACGUGAAGCGCCUGCUGACGCACUGCGAGGACGUGUACAGCCGCUACCGGCUGGCCUACCAGCAGAACCUGUACGACGUCACCAAGACGCUGCUGCAGGACGCCAAGACCUCUGGCUACCUGAGCGACCGGCUGGCCAGCUGACCGGCUGGCUACCUGACCGGCUGGCUACCUGACCGGCUGGCUACCUGACCAGCUAGCCAGCUACCUGACUGGCUGGCUACCUGA